UCCCACCAGCGUCCUGCCCGGCGGAGCUCAGAGCGGAGCAGACUGAGAUGAGCAGCUCCGUGUAUCUCCGUCCAGAAAUGUGCGCAGGGUGAAGAAACGCAAGAAGUCGCACCGCCCUCUGUAGCCUCCACAGACAACAUAUCACUCUCGUUUCUUUAAUGUAGCACCGGCUCUGCCUUUAGACGGAGGAUAAACGCGCACUGAACAAAUCAAACCACUUUCUGCUUAACCAGCCGCUGAAUGCUGAUUUUCAUUUGGGAUAGUCCUCUCUCUCUCUGGCGAGGCCGACUUGACUAAUCAUCCAACGUGUCAAGCUGUUACCUGUCCGAUGUCUUCUCCACCCACAGUGUGAUGCGUCAUGGCUCCGGUGCUGAGUGGAGUGUGGUGGGGGCCAGAGGCGGGUGUCGUCGGGUCAGGGGCGGCAGCUGCUACUGGGGUGGCAUCGUGGCUGGGCAGUGGGCAGCUGGUCCUGGCCAUCACCCUCAGCACUCUCACUGCCCUGCUGCUGGUCUCUGUGCUGCUGCUGCUGUGUGCUAGCUGCCAGGGGCAGAAGAAGGCAGUCAAUGGACAUCCAGCAGGAGACCAUGAUAACCUCAUGAAUGGAGUGUCAGAGAGAGAGACAAUCAGCCAAUCAGCAGACAGUCCAGCAACUGAUGUGGCCGUCAGCAGCUCUCACAAUGGUCCUCUAACCAGCGGUACAAUCCUCACGGACACACAGGACACCAGUCCCCAGCCUUCAGAAGAGAUGCUAUCCAGCCAAUCAGAGCUCAGGUCCUCCAAGUGUCCUCAGGGCCGCGAGCUACCCAGCAUUCCUCCCAACAACGGCCUUAUUGGGGAUGGACCCCCAGCCUCGGGGGACAGCACCUAUGAGGUGGUGAAGGAGAUGGCGGUGGCAUCACGUGACGUCAGUGUCGAAGACUCCCUGUACGAGACGGUCAAGGAACUCAAAGACCCCCCCACACAGCUCGGCCUCCCCAACGGUACCAUCCAGCUGAGCCCCGAUGAACCUCCCCAUCAUCCCCCUGCCCUUCUCAACGGCCACCUCAGCCCUUGCACACCUGAGCGGGGGCCCCUGUGCACAGGGGUGGAGUACGCCUCCAUCGACCUGAAUAAGAAGAGCCGUCACAGCGCUGACAUGGAGGCCAAAAGGCGCUUCGAUAAUGCCAGCGUUCCUUCUCAUAAGCCUCUGGAGGAACCAGAGGAGGACUUGCCUCCGCCGGUACCAGAGAAGGUUCUGGAUGAAAAUGACAACCAGCCAGUGGUGAUGAAUGGGCUGGUGGGGGCUCGGCUGCACAAUGGAGAGUUACACUCCCCUCUGUCUCCUGCACCGGGGUUUGACAACCACAUUCUGUCAGACAAUGAGUCAGUGUACUCUACUGUCAGCAAAACCAACUGUGACGAUGCUGUGAAUGAGGAAGACAAAGAGCACGACUACAGCAGCAUCGCAGAGAUCAAAGGUCUCGUCACAGCCUCUUCCUCCAGUGACCUCUACGCCACUGUCCGAGAUAUCUACACCCAGCCUGACGAGCUCCAGCCGGUGGACCCCGCCUUGGACAGCACAGAUCCCUGUUACGAAACCAUCCGCAUCCCAAAGACUAGUAGCUCGGAUGACAACCACAAGGCUGGGCUGGGAGCAGAGGGGUCCGACGCUGCCAAGGCAGAGCCUGACUACGAGAGUGUCGGAGAGUUGGGUCUUGGCCGGGAAAUGUCCCGCCUCUGAGUUUUCCCUUCAUCUGUGGCGGUUUGUGAGAACCUUCCUUUCUGACAUCUUACAGACGUCACUGCAGUGCUUUGAACUUGCUACCAAGCAUGCUUUUGGUGCAUGACUUGGGGAAAACGGCCACAGCAUCCAUCAUCAUUAACACGAGUGUCCUCUUUAUAACUUGGGUACAGUUAAUCAUAUCAACAUUUAAUUUAUCAACCAGGGUGAAUGUCAUUGGUACUGGUAGGACUACUAGAAGAUGAACUGUAGUGCCUCUUUCAUUGGGCAUUAAUCAUGUGGAAGAGUGCACUUUGGAUCAUCAUUAAAUUCCUCUUUUGUCUUGUUGACAUAUGUGCAUAUCAUGGACACAUUUAACAACACUUGAUUGUGAAAAAGAUUAAAUAAAUAAACUAUCAAAUAAAUAUCCAAUCACAGCACACUUGCAGAAUUUUAAGGGUUAGCUGAGGACACUAUCAGUGCCUGAUAUAAAAAAAGACACCAAGAAUUCAGUGCCAUAUAAUCAUGAAAUUCAUGCAUUUACUGUACAUAUGAAGUUAACAUUAUUAUGUCCCUUCUGCAGCUGCUAGUGACUUUCUAGCUUCUUCCAGGUGACUCAGUGUCAUGUUUUAUUGAGGCGUCAGAUGGUGUAUUUCUUGGCUAUUCUUUGUCAGGUUGGCAGUACCUCCGCUGUGCACGCUCUCCUAGUUGAAAUUCCUGUGAAUGGGUUCUAGACAUGGAAAGCAAAAGCCAGUCUUAUCUGUGACCAAAUGGUUAGUAGAAACAAACAUAGCAUUCGAUAGAUCAAAUACAAAUGAUGACUUUAUGACUGCAUGUUGUUUUGUUGAGACUAUUCACCGCAAACGUACGGGUUCAACAUGUUACAGGACAAGAGAUAUGAAACUAGUCAUCUGCAGAACCAAAAUGGAAACAAGAAAUGAGGGAAGGAGGGCUGUUUCACAUGAAUUUGCGGUUUCACAAUACCUUUUUACAGUCCAUGUCAGCAUUUUUUGUGAAAUUCAUAUUUAUUUGAAGAUGCGUAUUGUUAUGUAAUUGUGAAAUGUUACAGAGUAUGUCUGUGAGAGAAAAGUAAAUAGGGUUUUAUAGAAGUUUCUAGCAUUUUUAUUAAGAUACUAAAGGAAAGUGAGCUGUGAGAUAAUGACAGUUGUAAAGGUACGCUUUCCCCUGACUUUUUUAUUCAUUGUUUAAAAAAAUACAUAUGAUAAGACCAUGUUUUCCUUUUUGUCAUUUUGCACAGGGGUCAAAACAAAUUCAGAAGACGUGUAAUGUGACAAAAUAGCAAACUUGCAUUAGUAAUGCAAAUCUAUUGAUCAGCUGUAUUUUUUUCAUGUUUUUGAGCCUACUCUUGGUACAGUAUACAGUCUUCAGUUGGCAUCCUGGAUGAUUUUAAAGCACAAGGUUCGAUGUCAUGGUACUGCAUUUAUAUACAGCUUCAUCACAAUCCAGUUACAUCUCUGCGUAAUUUGAAUAUCUAACGCUUUUUAACUUACUGGAAGCACUCUGAGAAAACCAUAUCUGUCUGUUUGUAGAUUGUACUGACGACAUGCCAACCAAGGCUUGUAUAUAGUUAGAGCACUAUUUUAACCAAUCUUACUCGCUGGAAGUUUUAUGUAAGCUUUUACUUAUUUGUACAAUGUCCAGAUGGUAUAAUUUUAAAAUAAGCCUGUUAAGAGCACUAAUGUAUGUCUGCCUUGUUUUAAGGAAAAUUUAAACCCUGUUGUCCAACAGAUUUUUACCUUGUAUUGUUACUCAAAGUUGUCAAAUAGCUUUUGAGUUCUGAGAAGUAGUAACCAAUCUAAUGUCAUAUGGUACAAUGUUUUGGUACAUGAAUUUUAAGAAACAGUAAAUGUGGUACUUUUAUUUAAAAAAAAAAUGAAUUAAUGUCUCAAUACUGUUGUUUGAUGUUUGUUUUUAAAUGGACAGAGCCAAUGCUUUUUGCUGUAAAUAUCUCUUUCACUGCUACAGUAUCUCCCGCCUUUGCAGAAAAAUUGGUGUCAUCUGUUUCCACCCACAUCAAACUAUUACAGUCUUACAGUAUCUCCAGCUUCAUGUUUCAUUAGACAUGCAGAAGCUUGUUAGUGGGUCAGACAAACCCAGCUAGCCCACACUGACUGGUAUUAGAUCCAUAAAUGAUAUCAGACAUUUGAAAUGCUGAGGAUUUGAAAUGCAAGACACUCCCAGUAUUUUAAUGAACAAAAACAGAUAAAUGAAGCCCUCUAACAAAUGAUUUUCGUUUCUGCAUAGAGGUAAUUAUCAUUGUUAUUUAUACUCCCAAAAAAUGAGUACAGUGUUUCUACCAAGAGCUGGGCUGCGUAUCAGGGUGGUGCCAUCAUUUAGACAUAAUGGUGUUCACAGAACGCUAUAAAUGACCUCUAAGGAAAAUUAUCUGUCAAAGGAGGUGUUUGAGUGCCAAAUCUAACAACACACACAUAGACACAGUUAAUAGAUACUUACCUAAAAUAAUUUAUUCUCUCUAGAUGUCUAUCUUGGUCAUAUAAAAACACACACACACACACACACACAAUCCCCUUCAGGGAAUGGGGGUGUGGUAGAGGUUCGGGAAUACUCCCUCACUGCCUCUCCUUCAGCUCCACUACUCCCGUAAUGAGACCAUUUGUUCCCCCUACAACCAGCAGACAACUCUAUGGUGACACCUGCCUUUGAUCACAGGGCAAAGCCUGUUUUGGAAGUUAUGGCCACAUCUGUCACUCCACUCUGUCCAGUUUCCAUUCUCUGCAUGUAAAUAUUUUAUGAUAUGAAUUGUUCUAUUAAAAAAUAUAUAUAAUAAA